AACCUUUAGCAUUUUAUUCAUAUGUGUAGCGAACAAUGUAAAAAUUGUGAAUAACAGAGGCAGUUAUUUCAUUGGCGGAACAUUUCGCGAAACAAUUCGCUGCGGUAUGAAAACAGUAGCGGAAUAUUGUGUACCUAUCAAGACGGAAUAAUUGUACAACUCGGAUAAUGAUAGGGGUAAAUAUACAACUGGGUUAGUGCUGACGAAAUCAUUUGAAAGGAAAAUCAACUGAUACAAUUCUUGGCAGCUAUAUGCAUACAAAAAAUCUGCGGACUGCUACAUGAGAUUUGUAGCAGAAUUCCUAGGAUACCUGUGCAGUUUGGUAUAAUGUAAAAACAUGGAGCUGGUAACUAGAAGUUCAAGUUUGAACUCGUUGUGGUCCAUAGUGUACUGUUUAGUCGCUCUGACUGUCCAUUGUUACGUAACGUAUGAGGGUGUGUCGCGUUACCGGAAGUUAAACAAUGAGGAAAUAUGGGGCGGAGAAACUCCCGGAGAACUUCGUGCGUACAUUGCGUUGAUAGUGUUAGCUGUCUUAUUUCUGCCUCUCUUCAUUUUCUUCUCAUUUUUGAAAGUUGGAAACACAGCAAACGACGGUACCAAACUUGGCAGGGACCAUGCCCUAGAUUCAAAUUCAAAUACACUGGGGGCCAAGAUAAAAGUAGAACAUUUGCGUCAUUUUUGGGAACAGUUCCCGCCAUUUUCACCAUUACUUCAGAUGCGUUCUGCAUUUCUCGUGCUGCUACCGGAAAUGGUUUUAACUGCUGUGGAAGUAAAGCAUGGAAUUAUGGCCUCAGAUGCUGUUUGGACAUGCAACCUUGACUUCCUGUUCGCUUCUGAGCGCGCAGGUACAAGCAAUAUCAUCGGCCAGUCAAACGUCACGGUUCUUUCAAAUCUCUCUUUCUAUGUGGUCCCGACACCGAAGCCUCCAGUUGGCGGAUGGACAAGUGGCUCUACAUUGCACGUAGCUUUCAUUUACAUGGCAGCCAGUUUAAUCAUGUUCGCAAUACGGUAUUCGGCCGUAUUCUGGUUUACAAAUAAAAUAUUCAGCGCCAUAUUUGCUACUCAGUUACUGUUUUUGACUGUAGAGUCGCUCUUUGUUCAUUGCGGCAUUGAAAUUUUGUACAAGUUUUCAGUUAACUUUGAGCUAUACAAAGAAAACAUAACCAUUAUCCUUGGACCUGGUGUCGUCUUGUUUUUAUAUAUAUUGAGUGGUAUUAUACUUAUCUUCUCUACAUUUUUCGUGUACAAUUACGGUGCUAUAUAUUUCAAGAAGAAGUUUGCUAUAAUAGAUCAACGCCAUCAUCCGGAAGCGUACCGGAAGGAAACUGUAAUUGUACAAGGUAGUUGCCAGGACUAUAGGACUCAUACUGCCGCUAUGGUGUCGUUUGUCCUUCUAGCUCUUCUAAAAGGACCAGUUUUAUACGACUUGGUAAGUUUGUACCGAGAAACGACAGAUUCGCUUAUAUUAUCGGUUAUUGUUGUUGACGUUUGCUAUCUUGUUUUCUGGGUAAUUUUCUGGACCAUACUGACCCUAAAACAGCAAUGGCAGUUCAGAAUUCUGGAUUAUGUCCCCUUAAAUCAGCCUAUUUUUACGAUUUCCAAUGAAAAUAUUGUGAAAAGCGCAUCUUAUCACGGUGGCUCACUGGAACUUCAUGAUCAGUGUAAAAAGAAACGUCCUAGUUCACUUCCGAGUGAUCUUACAGCUAGCGAGAGUGGUUUUGGAGAUGCUAAUUCAUCCGAAGAUGAACGAGAUAAGUUUGAAAUUUCAUUGCCGCCAUUGGCGGAGAUACCUGGUUUGGUAAACUCAAGAAGGAAGGGCUCCACACACUCGUUAGAUAGAAGAAGUCGUCAUCGCAGAAAUGGGAACCAGAGAGUUACAUUUCACGAAACUGUCAAGCGCUGUACAUCUACAGACAGUGAACUGUGUGCAAGGCGGCAAAUGAAUAUUGCAGUAGAUGUACACGGCGCUUCCGCAAGACCGUCUCUGUCAGAAAAGGAAAGCAGAGGUAUAAUACCCCAAGAAAUGGAAGUUCUUCGUUCCCAGAGACCAGGGUCCCGUCAUUCAUUUGGAGCCCCUCCUAUUGGUUCAAGACCUGCUGUUUUAAACAACGUUCUAUAUAGACACAGCCCUUCCUAUUCCGAUUUAGGAAGUACGAGUGAUUACAGCGAUAGAUCGAAAUCUAUUAAUACACCGGAUAACAGUUUAGACUAUAACGAUCUAACUAUAAAAAAUGAUUAUGCAUAUGGCGCAAGACUGAACUUGAAGUCUUCAAAUAUGGAAACGCAAACUCACAAUACAAGCAAUAACAGUGCUGAAAGCAGGUAUUCAUAUUCAGACUCGAAUCAAAAACAACUCAACGGGACCCAUGCGCAUUCGCCAGUAAAAGAUACAAACAAAAUACUAUUAAAUGAAGUGAAAAGAAAUAAUGAAGUCAGUCGCAACCACCUGAGUCCGAGAACUAUCGAAUUUAUUGACAAAAAGCACGAAAUAGCUCUAGGACGAAGAGAUUCUGCAAACUACUCACUGACGUCAUCACAAGAAACUGCGUCGAAUGACUCUGAUCAGGUGCAGCAGGCGCUUUGUAGCCAACAGAAGCCAGCAGACUGACGGGAUGUCGUAAAAAAUGAGGACCACCUACAGACAGUUCCCCUGAGUCAUCAAAACAUGCUACACCUAAGUAGGUCAAAGACGGUGAACAGCGAAGCCAGGGAUAUCAAUUAAGACACUAAAGUUUGUCGUGGACUCGUCUGAUUGACUUACACGUUGUAUUUGUGUGAUUUUGUAAAACAAGACGAUAAGCAUGGUAAUUUUAAUGGACUUUUUCCACAAAAGUAAAUGUAUUACCGAGGAGAAAAUAUGUAUAAAAAACUUUGUUGGAUGGAGCAAAAAAAAAAGACGACGGGGUUAUCAAUAUUCCUGAUACUGUGUUUGCAAUGCGUUCAACUAAAAUGACUGGUGAAGGUGCAUAUAUUUUACAGUAAUCAUUUAGCGCUUUUAUCAUUUGUUUUCAAUAAUGUGUGAUAUACUUAAAGUAGGAAUAAACAACAAUGUAUUGUUUAUAUUUAGUCAAUUAAAUCUUGUGGUUAGAGACUUUUA